AUGUGCUGUUAUCUAUUUUUCAAUAUUUUUUUAGAUGUCAUUGGUUAUGUUUGUGUUUGUUAUAACAUCGAGGAUACGAACAAAAAGGAUGGUAGCAAAGGGAAACGCCUUAAUCUUAAGCUUCAAGAUAUUGAAGAUGUUCAGAUCGAUUUAACUCUUUGGGAUGAUUACGCUAAGGACAUGUAUUCUUACAUGGUUAGUGAAAAGCGUGAAGCACAUGUUGUCGUUGUUGUCCAUUUCGGUGCUGUUAAGACAUACAAAGGAAAAUGGGGUUUGUCUAAUAACUUUGAUGGUUCAAGAAUUUUCAUUAACGACAACUUUGAUGACAUGCUAUUGUUUAGGCAAAAGUUUCUUGCAAAACUUGCUGCUUCAACUGAGUCGAGUAGCCAUGCUGGGUCAUAUAUCAUGUGUUCUGUCGAAGAUGAAUUUUUAAAGAACGAUGUUUUUUCACCAAUUGCUUAUCUUGGAUCAAUCCUAGAGCCAAAGAAAGUUGUUGUUGUUGGGACUAUCGUUGCAAUUGUUUCAGAUAAGAUGUGGUAUUAUGAUGGGUGCAACUAUUGCAAGUCCAAAGUUGAGCAAAAGUUUGAAACAUAUGAUAAGGAUGAUGGAACAAGUGAUGUUAAAGAUGAGAAGUUGUAUCAAUGUUCUAACAAGGAUUGUAAUAGUAAAGAAGUUUUCCCGUUGUCCAGGUUCAAAAUACCGGUUCGUGUUCAAGAUUCAACUGGUACGGUGACACUUACAUUGUUUGAUCAUGAGGCGAUGAAGUUUGUUGGUAAAACUGCAAAGGAACUUAUAGAAAUUCAGGACGAGUUAUUGAGGUCGAAUGAGAAUCCCGGAGAAUAUCCAGUUGAGUUUGAAUCAUUGCUUAACAUAAAGUGUGCUUUCAUGAUUAAAGUAAGUGACUUUAAUAUUGUGAAUGCUGUCGAGAAUUAUGGAAUCUCAGUUGUUACCACUGAUGAAGACAUAUUGGAUAAGCUGAACAAAAAAUUCAAAAUUGACCAACUUGAUGUAUCUGAUUCUUUUGGUAUGACUCAGUCUGAGUUCCAAGCUACCGGUGGUGACAGUUUCAAGGAUGCGGAUUCUUACACUGGGGAUAACACCACACCUGUGUCGAAGGAUUACGUGAGUGACUUGAAGCAACCAUCUUCUGAUAUGAAGCGUAACCUGGAUGAUGUUUAUUUGAAUGAUGAGGGAGUGGGGUCGUCAGCGAUACUCUGUGGUGUUAACAAAAUGCAGAAUACGUUUCAACAGCUUACUUCAUAUUCUUCUGAACCUCCACACCCUGGCAUCGCUGACGAAGGUAAGUAUAGACGUUGGUUAAGAAAAAUAUAUCUUGAUUAUAAGAAGUCAAAAUCAACAGCACUUCCGGCUUAUUUUGUUAGAGGUAAUCAUUUAGAUUCCUUGGUUAACGUAACAUCUUCAAAUUUUACACCUUCUACAAUGAGGAAGGAAGGAAAUGUACUACAAGAUAAGUAUACAACACCCAACCGUACACCCUUUGCAAAUAUAGAUAACAUAACACCAGGAAAUAAUUCUAAAUCUUCGAGAAACGUACCUUUAUCAUCGGGGCCAAUUUCAAGUAAAAAUAUGAGGACAAAUGUUUUGCAUCAUUCUUCAACAUCAGGACGACGUAUGAUGCUGUCAAACAAGGAAAACAUUACACCACUGUCGUGUAUUACAAACAUACGUACGCAAGUUCCCAGUGUACCAUAUUGUUCUAAUGCUAUGUCUUCUUUGACUCCUAUAUCACACGAUAAUAUUGCAACCUCAUCAACUUUACCAUUGAAUGACCGCUACUCUUUUAAUCCUCCAAUAACAAAUAAACGUAACACAGGAUGUCCGAUAUCCGAAAUUACCUCGCUAAAAAAGAUUUCUUCUGGAAAGCGUAGACUUAUUCAUAAACCAAUUGAAAUAGAAGCCAUACCAAUGGCUCCUCUUGAAUCUGAUGAUGAAAAUCAUAUUCACGAGAUUGUUGCAGACGCCACCAAAGGCGUAUCCAAAGAUUACGUUGACCAUGGUGACCAAUCACUUACGUGUGGUUUAUGCUUUGCAAAGUUAUGGGCUACCGAAGGUGGAAAGGGUCGCAUUACACUUCAAAAACAAACAUAUAGCUUAUGUUGUGGAUAUGGUAAAGUUGACUUGCCUGAAUAUAAAGAUUCUCAUCCGUCUUAUCAGAUGCUUUUUUCCUAUUUAGAUCAAGAAAGCAAGUUUUUCUUAAAGAAUAUAAGACGUUACAAUUCUAUGUUUUCCUUUACUUCAAUGGGAGGAAAAGUUGAUACUAAAAUAAACAAAGGAAAUGCUCCAUAUGUUUAUAGAAUCAGUGGUCAGAAUGCACAUAGUAUGGGUAGUCUUCUUCCUAAGGAGGGUGCCCAGCCAAAAUUCUCACAACUUUAUAUCUAUGAUACUGAGAACGAGCUUGCUAAUAGAGAGUUGCUAUUUGGUGAUUCUACAAGCAAAGCAUCUUUAAGGGCAAAGGAACUUGAUGCUAAAUUUAUAAAGUUUCUUACCAACAUGUUAGAUUCUACGAAUAUGCUGGUUAAAACUUACAGAAUGGUACGCGACCACCUGCACGAGAAUCCUAACGUUUCCCUUAAGCUUAGGUUAAUCUCACAGAGAGAUCGUGACGGAAGGACAUACAACUUACCUACGUGUUCCGAAGUUGCUGCUUUAAUAGUUGAUGAACCUAAUCUCAAGAUAGAAAGUCGUGAUAUUAUUGUUGAAAAGCGUUCAGGAGUCCUUAAGCGUAUUAGCGAGUUACAUCCUUCUUACCUUGCUCUCCAGUAUCCGAUUCUUUUUCCGUACGGAGACGAUGGCUAUAGGAUUAAUAUUCCUCAUAGGGAAUUUGGUCCUAACACAAAAAAGACAAGACCAACUUGCACUAUGAGGGAGUUUUUUGCUUAUAGAAUUCAAGAUAGACAUAACAAGUUUUCUCUAAUUCUUAAUGCAAGAAGGUUGUUUCAGCAGUUUUUAGUUGAUGCCUACACAAUGAUUGAAAGUGAGAGACUCAACUUCAUACGUUUUCAGCAAAUCAAACUGAGAUCUGACUCACUUAACAGUCUUAAAAAUGUUCAAGAGGUUGGUCAGAGUGAUUUGAGUCAUACCGGACAACCUGUUAUAUUACCGUCAUCGUUUACUGGUGGUUCUCGAUACAUGAUGCAAAACUAUUUGGAUGCUAUGGCGUUAUGUCGGAAUUAUGGGUAUCCUGAUUUCUUUAUCACUAUCACAUGUAAUCCGAAAUGGCCUGAAAUUGUUAGAUUUAUCGUUGUUUACAUAGUUGAGUUUCAAAAGCGUGGAUUGCCACAUGCACACAUUUGCUUAUUUAUGAAAGCUGAUCAUAAGCUUCCUACGGUUGAACACAUUGAUCCAUUUAUCUCAGCUGAAAUUCCGGAUAAAAACGAGGAUCCUGAGUUGUAUUCUCUUGUGAGUGACUUUAUGAUUCAUGGUCCUUGUGGACAUGCCAACAAGAAAUGUCCAUGCAUGGUUGGGAACCGUUGUUCUAAGAAUUUUCCAAAGAAGUUUUUGGAAUCCACUUCCAUUGAUUCUGAUGGAUUUCCCGUUUAUAGGAGAAGAGAUUCUGGUCACACGGUUGUGAAGAAGGGUGUUACUUUGGACAAUAGGAGCGUAGUUCCAUACAACAAAAAGCUUCUAAAAAGGUAUCAGGCGCACAUCAACGUCGAGUGGUGCAAUCAGGCGGGUUCAAUUAAGUAUUUGUUUAAAUAUAUUAAUAAAGGACCUGAUCGAGCCAUGGUAGCUGUUUUUGAUUCAGACAGAGGUCCAGAUGAGGAGAUCCCAAAAGAUGAAAUUAAAGAAUAUUACGAAGCUAGAUAUGUUUCCGCAUGUGAAGCAAGCUGGAGAAUAUUUGCCAACGAGGUUCAUUAUAGGUAUCCUUCUGUCAUGAGAUUACCUUUUCAUCUACCAGGACAACAAAAUGUUGUAUUUAGUUGUGACGACGAUAUUGAGGAUGUCUUACACAAACCUCAAGUAAAUUCUUCGAUUUUCUUAGAAUGGAUGAAGAUGAACAAUUCUAAGCCUGAAGCAAGACAACUUACAUAUGUUCAGUUUCCUUCAAAAUAUGUGUGGAAGUUAAAAGAUCGUUGCUGGCAGCCACGUCAAAAUUAUGUUGUUAUUGGGAGAAUAUAUUCUGCGUCUCCUUCUCUUGGUGAGGCUUAUUAUCUAAGAAUUCUUCUUACCAAGGUUAAAGGACCAAGAUCAUUUGAAGAAAUCAGAACAUAUGAAGGUGUUGUUUAUCCUACUUUUAGGGAUGCGUGUUAUGCACGUGGCCUGUUAGAUGAUGACAAUGAAUAUAUCGAGUGUAUUAAAGAAUCCAGUUUCACUGGUAACGCUCAUUAUCUUCGUUCUUUGUUUGGAACACUACUUUUGUCUAAUACUCUUUCAAGACCUGAAGUUGUUUGGGAGAAAACGUGGGAGCUAAUGUCCGAGGACAUUUUAUACAAUAUGCGUAAAGAUAGUGGCAUGAGCGGAUUCGUUGUAUCAGAUGAACGUUUAAAGAAUAUAACAUUGACCAAGAUCGAAAAAUUUCUUCUUCGUAAUGGAUCCAGCUUGCACAGGUUCUCAACGAUGCCUUAUCCUGAUGAUGACUAUCUAAUGACCGAGAGCAACCGUUUGAUAAACGAGGAGCUUUCGUUUGACAUUGAUGAACUUAGGGGUGAGUUCAAUAAUCUGCACAGCUCUCUAAACGAAGAUCAAAGAGCAGUGUAUAAUGAAAUUAUGCAUGCUGUUAGAAGUGGAAAGGGGGGUGUGUUUUUUGUGUACGGUUAUGGUGGUACGGGCAAGACUUUUUUGUGGAAAACUUUAGGUGCAUCCAUUAGAUCCACUGGACAGAUUGUUAUUAAUGUUGCUUCAAGUGGUAUUGCAUCUUUGUUGCUAUCACGAGGUCGUACUGCCCAUUCACGAUUUCAUAUUCCUAUUAAUCUCAACGAAGAUUCGGUCUGCCAUAUCAAGCCUAAUACUGAAGUCGCUAAUCUUCUAAACCAAGCCAAGUUGAUUAUUUGGGAUGAGGCACUGAUGGUACACAAACAUGCUUUUGAGGCUCUUGAUCGUACAAUGAAGGAUGUUUUGAGUGUAUUUGAUUCACGAAAUUCAGAACUUCCAUUUGGUGGAAAAGCUAUUGUCUUUGGUGGUGACUUUAGACAAAUCCUACCGGUUGUACAAAAUGGAAGCAUGCAAGAUAUUGUAAACGCAUCUUUAUGUUCAUCCCAUAUCUGGUCCCAUUGCAAGGUGUUAAAGUUGACAACAAACAUGCGUUUAUCGGUAGGAUCCAGUACCUCAAACAUCGAGGAAAUAAAUCAAUUUGGUAAAUGGCUUUUAGAGAUUGGCGAAGGCAAUGUUGGUCAUUCUAACGAUGGUGAUUCACAUAUUGAAUUACCUGAUCAUCUUUUGAUAACUGAUGAGAAUGAUCCGAUUCAGGCUUUGAUUGACUUUGUAUAUCCUUCAGUUUUGGAUCGUUUUAAAGACCGUCACUACUUUUCUGAAAGAGCUAUACUCGCUCCUAAGAAUGAAGUUGUUCAUGAUAUAAAUGAUCGUUUGCUUGAAUUGUUUCCGGGUGAAGAGGUAGAGUAUCUUAGCUCUGAUAGUUUAUGUCCUACUGAGGAUAUUAAUGAUCCGUUACAUCAAGAUUUAUAUAAUCCAGAUGUGUUAAAUAGUGUGAAAGUUUCUGGAUUACCAAAUCAUAGAUUGGUAUUGAAAUUGGGUGUUCCGGUAAUGCUUUUGAGGAAUAUUGACCAGCAAAACGGUUUGUGCAAUGGUACGCGUCUUCAAAUCACACGUCUUGGUAAACGUGUUAUCGAGGCUGAGAUAUUAUCUGGAAGUAAUGUCGGUUCAAGAACUUACAUCCCAAGAAUUAGCAUGAUACCAUCUGACAAAAAAAUACCCUUCAAGUUUCAACGAAGGCAGUUUCCAAUAACCGUAUGUUUUGCGAUGACUAUUAACAAAAGUCAAGGACAAUCUCUAUCCAGAGUUGGUCUAUACCUUAGAGAUCCCGUGUUCUCACAUGGUCAGCUUUAUGUUGCUUUGUCGAGAGUAAAGACUAAGGAUGGCGUUAAGGUUCUAAUAUUCGACAAAGAUGGGAGACCAACAAACAAAACUGCAAACGUUGUUUACAAAGAAGUUUUUGGGAAAUUGUAG